GCUUGACGACUGAGCCCCUGCCCCGAACAGACAUGGAGUUCUUGUAGGAGCUUGUGCCUGUUGUCUGUGAGCCCUCCUACUGAGGAAGACAGCGUGGGCAUUACCACCCCGUGUGACUUAGAGACCAGAAAAACAGAUUGCUGAAGUUUUACACCAGUGGUGAGGACCAAGAACUAAUGAAAAAUGGGAAGGCACAGCCCAGGAGAGAAAAUGAAGAUGCUAACCAUGUUUUGAUUAAGUGGAUUUGACAACAAGAAUGUAAAUAAAUGCCACUGAUUGCUUUGUUGAUCGGGCAACAAGCAAGGAUAUAUCAUGAAGAACUGCUCUACUGAGGACAAACGUUAGUGUUAAGACGGGAGGGUUCAGAAAUUUAGGAAGCCAUGUAGUGAAAAAUGUCUGAAAGUAUGGUGAAAAUGAUUCUGCUGAUCGUGAAACAGCUGAACAUAACCCUGAUGAAUUAGCUGCGAUAAUACCAGAUGACAGCCUGAGUGCUGAAUAAAUCUGCAGCGGUGUGGAAUACCGUGGUAGUAACAUACUGUUAAAUUGCUCUGCAUAGGAACUGCGUCACUUGGCAAGCCCACAGCAGUGUAGGAUUGUGCCUAUUUCCAUACAACCGUACCAGCAGAGAACAUCACCAAACUGUAGGAUGUUCAUUAAUCCAAUAGCAAAGAAAUAAUAUCUCAGUAUAUAUUCAUGUCCACAGUGUUUGAAUGAGCCUCACAAAAUAACCUGGGCAAAAAUCUUCAGGCUAGUUCACUAACACAUACCGGUGAGCCAAGCUCCAGGCAGGCUGGACUGAAGGCAAUUGAAAAUUUUAAGUUAUUCGCAGACAACCCGUUUGUGCAUUCUCCUCCUCGAACUUUUAGUUACAAGUUGGCAGUUGCCAGCCCCCAAUCUGGAGUAUUGAUUGGGGGAAGAGGAGUAAGUGUCUUCUCAUUCUUACUGUCAAAAAUCUGUCCCCUUUUGUUCUGUCGAUGGGAGUGGCCUUUCCUUCUGUCACAAGAACAGAUAGUCCCUGAGGUGGCAGCAUAGAUCCAUCUAGCAAAUUUAUCUUUCAGUCUCAGCACUAAAGGAAAACUCUCUGAAAUCAGAAGAGACGUACCACUGGAACUUGUAGCCGAAGGAGUGAACAUCUGAGUAUCUACUGCCCUGCGUUCCACAUCUUUACUACUUGCCACGUGGCCGUAGGAGACAUUGGAAAAGAACACAAAGAUGGCAUUAGAUCUACAUCGAUGCCAUUUAUCAGCUGGAUGUUAGAGAAAAAAAAACUUUCUGGGCCUCAGUUUCUCUGAGCUUUGAUGUCCCCGGGUAUAAUAUGAAGAGAUUGGACUAGAGAUGAUAUUUAAGAUCCCUUCUGGCUCUAACGAUGGCAUUUCAGGGAUUCUGGUAGCUAGCCGCAGAAUUAUACUGGGCUAAGAUGGAUCUUGUACUCAAUGCUGCAGAUUAUUAUUUUUUUACACCAUACUUCUAUCCAGCCUCAUGGUCUGAGGAUGACAUCUUCCGACAAACUAUUAGUCUCCUGAUUGUAACAAAUCUUGGUGCUUAUAUCCUUUAUUUCUUCUUUGCAACACUGAGCUAUUAUUUUGUCUAUGAUCAUUCAUUAAUGAAGCAUCCACAAUUUUUAAAGAAUCAAGUCUAUAGAGAGAUUACGUUUACUGUCCAGUCAUUGCCCUGGAUUAGUAUUCCCACUGUGUCACUGUUCCUGCUGGAGUUAAAAGGUUACAGCAAAUUAUAUGACGACAUAGGAGAGUUUCCCAGUGGCUGGGUUCGCCUCUUUAUUAGUAUACUGUCCUUCCUCUUUUUCACUGACAUGCUGAUCUACUGGAUUCACAGAGGCCUUCAUCAUAGACUUGUGUAUAAGCGCAUACACAAACCUCAUCAUCUCUGGAAGAUUCCUACUCCAUUUGCAAGUCAUGCUUUUCACCCUGUGGAUGGCUUCCUUCAGAGUCUACCUUACCAUAUAUACCCUUUUAUUUUCCCAUUACACAAGGUGGUCUACUUAAGUUUGUACAUCUUGGUCAACAUCUGGACGAUUUCCAUUCAUGAUGGUGAUUUCCGUGUUCCCCACAUUUUAAGGCCAUUUAUUAAUGGCUCAGCCCAUCAUACAGACCACCACAUGUUCUUUGACUACAACUAUGGACAGUAUUUCACCUUGUGGGAUAGAAUUGGAGGCUCAUUCAAAAAUCCUUCCUCCUUUGAAGGGAAAGGACCACUUAGUUAUGUGAAGAAGAUGACAGAAGAAAAGUGCAACAGUCAUGCAGAAAAUGGUUGUAAAAAUGAAAAAUUAUUCAGUGGGGAGUUUACAAAGACUGAGUAGAUUGGUGCCCUAUUAUUAAAUAUUAUGAAAUAUUUUUAAUAAGGAAAAAUAAUCUACAUACAUACAACCAAGAGACAUAGCAAGCAAAUGGUAUUUGAGAGUCCGCAUUGUGGGUACUGCUGAGGAAUGAUCGUGAUGUAGAUCAAGGAAGGAAUGCUGUGAACACCGAGAUUUUAACCUCAUGUUUACCAUAUUAGGUGUUGGUCUCAAGGACGUGUCGUGUCUCUGUAGCCAGCAUAUCUGUAACUUGUAUAGCCUCAACAACAGUUUUUGUAAGGAUAGAGAAUAAAUUAUUGAGGGGACUAGGUUAUGUCAUUUGCCUUAAUCUGCCCAUAUUCAUUAAGAAAAAUACAUUGUGCUUGAUAAUACCAAGACCAAGCAUCAUAACAAAGAAAUACUAAUAUAAACAUGGUUCCUUGUUUCAGGAAUGGUUAAGUCUUCAAUGUUGGUAUGAUAAUGACUACCUGUAGUAUUUUGUUCCAGUGGAUACAUCAGUGUGAAAAAAAAAAAAAAUCUGAUAGAACGUAUUAGUGGCCAAGUAAAUGACCUAAUUAAUAGCAGGUGUAGUAAGAUUAUCAUCUUCCUACACAUAGGAAGCUUAUUCUCUGGGGACAUUGUCAAAUAUUAACAUUUUACUGAUGAAAAAAUAAAUUAGAAUUUUUAAAAAUACUGAUAACUACCACAAUUUAAUCCAGAUCUGGGCUUAUUUAAAGAUUUUGAUGGUUAUUAUUUUAAACCAUUAUUUAGUAAGAUUAUGUGAAGCUGAAUAUAUUUAGAAAGGAAAUUUGAUGCCCAGGUAAUAUAUUUGACACUACUGCUUUUUUAAUUAAAUGGAUGCACUGCACUUUUGAUAUGUUUCAAAGUUACAAUCUUAUAAUUUCCUAUAAAAGGAAGUAAUUGCCAAAUAUUUAGGCCGAUCCCUGAAGAUUAGUUUUGAAAUCUUAUUUUCCCUCUUCUCCCUUCACUUUUCCCCACUUUCUGUGCAAAAAGAUUUAACAAAUAGUUUCAUAAAGAAAUGUUGUGUGUUAUAAGUAUAUUGGAAAAACGUGGUUUGGAAAAGGCAUUCUAUAAGGUAUUUAUGUAAAAUCAAUAAAAGUUGAUUAUUACUAUUA